UCCUGCAGUGGUUGUCUGGUGUGUUUUCGUGCCCUGGUGGCUGACUGACUGGCUUCAGUGUGUCGCGGUGACGCGCUUCCAAGAGCUGCAGAUUUCAUGAACGCGCGUCGUCCAUUCGCAUGGAUGGGAUCUGCGAGAGGGCUGCGGAUGAACGGGCGGUGUAAGGUUUCCUUCCUCUGUCCUCCCUCCUCCCUUCUACAAGGAGCAGCCUCACAGAUAGACAGACGGAGAUUCCAGCCUGCAAGAAGAGUGCUGUCAAGAGGAUUUCUCCUCAUGGAAAAAAUUUGAUCAUUGCUGCCCAGCCAACGCUCCGUCUUGUUUCAUAUCUCCAUCGUCCAAAUGCAAAAAAGUAGUUGAUAGCGUCAACUUUUUUUUUUUUUUACCAAGAACAGUCCUGGCAACAACGGCCGCUGAUAACAGCACAGAUCUCAGCUUGAUUGGCUACCCAAAUACAAGUCUCCACUGAAGAAAAGACUGAGGAAAUAAUUAUUGUUUUUCCUCAUCAACCUUGGAGUUGUGCAUCUUCUUCCAUCAAGUGCAAUCAUGGGGGCCACUGGCUACGGUUACUACCGUGCAACCAUCUUCUUCUGCAUGUUCAUCGGCUACUCGCUGUACUUCUUUAACAGGAAGACCUUCUCCUUCGUCAUGCCCGCUGUGAUGGAGGAGAUUAAACUGGACAAAGAUGACUUGGGUCUGAUUACCAGCAGCCAGACCAUGGCCUAUGCCAUCAGUAAGUUCAUCAGCGGCGUGCUAUCGGAUCAGAUCAGCGCCCGCUGGCUCUUCUCCAUCGGCCUCUUCUUGGUGGGGGGCAUCAACGUGGCCUUCUCCUGGUCUUCCACUGUCCCCAUGUUCGCACUGCUCUGGUUCAUCAACGGCCUGGGCCAAGGCUGCGGCUGGCCGCCGUGUGGGAAAGUGCUGCGCAAGUGGUUUGAGCCCUCCCAGUUUGGAACAUGGUGGUCCGUGAUGUCUUGCAGUAUGAACCUGGCCGGGAGUCUGGGUCCAAUCCUGGCCACCGUGCUCCUGCAGUACUACGACUGGAGGACUAUCCUGACUAUGUCAGGCAUUUUCUGCGCUGCCUUCUCACUUGUUUGCGUGGUGUUUAUUAAGAACGAGCCAAAGGACGUGGGUCUGCCCAGCAUCGAGGCAGCAGCCAAGAAGGGGUCUAAGGGAGGCAACGGCGACAGCACCCUGAGGGAGUUCCUCCUCUCUCCCUUUCUGUGGGUGUUGUCUCUGGGCUACUUGGUGGUGUUCGGGGUGAAGACAGCCGCCACUGACUGGGGACAGCUGUUCCUCAUGCAGGAGAAAGGCCAGACUGUUCUCAUGGGCAGUACCUACAUGAGUGCCUUGGAGGUGGGAGGUUUUGUGGGCAGCCUUGCAGCAGGCUUAGUCUCCGACAGAGCUGUAGCUCGGAAAGGCUUGAGCACCCACGGCAACCCUCGCCACGGCCUGCUCCUUUUCAUGAUGGCCGGAAUGUAUGUGUCCAUGUACCUCUUCAGAGUCACCAUCACACCUGAAAUCCCAAUGGAGGCUCCCCUUUGGGUCCAAAUCCUUCAUCCUGUCUCUGUCCUCAUCGGUGUUUCAGAAAAAGAGAUCUGGAUCCUGUUCCUCGGUGCUCUGUUUGGAUUUUCUUCUUACGGACCAAUUGCCCUGUUUGGGGUGAUAGCCAGCGAAAGUGCUCCUUCAAAUUUCUGUGGAACCUCUCAUGCUGUUGUAGCUCUGAUGGCUAAUGUGGGGGCUUUUAUGGCGGGUCUUCCCUUCAGCACUAUUGCCAAACAACACAACUGGGACACGGCUUUCUGGGUAGCCGAGGUGAUAAUGGGCAUCGCCACCGUUGGCUUCUUUCUGGUGCGCAACAUGCGCACCAAAAUGGGACGGAUCGCGGAGAAACUGGACUAACUUAUCUUCCUGGAAUGAGCCAACUGUCGACGUCUUGCAUUACUUACGGCUCCGUAUACAGAAUACUGCACAUUAAUACAACACCAAUUUGACCAAACAAAACCAGUCACACAGACUCAGGGAGGGUGUGAGUCAUUAAACCACUUUUGUCACACACAAUUUCCUCUUAUUCAAACACACCAAAAUAAUAGAUGAUAAUUGUUCAUCACAAGCUAACAUUUGAACACUUCCACAUCCUAGAGGCAGUUUUCAUGUCGAGACAUUUAACAUUCAUUACAGCUGUACACUAAAAAGAACAUGGACGUGGAAAUAUGUAAAGGUUUGAGUGGAUUUUGUUGAGUGGAUGCGUGCUGCUCAUUGCCUUCAGUGGAGGUCAUCUCUAUUUAACUUAUUGAAUGUUCACUGAUGGGCCUGUAUAUUCUAGACUAUUAUUUGUCUAGGUAUUUGCACAAAUGUAGUAGCAUGGGUCAUGGUCAUUUUACUAAUACCUCAAGUAUUUGUAAAAAUGUAAUAGGCUCAUUAUUUCACUGAAAUGGAGUUAUAGGAGAUCAUGUUAUUUUUAUACAGUUGUACGCUACAUGAUGCAGAAUACCAUUUUGAUGCAGACUUCUUAGAAGCAUGUCAGCUUUUAUGAUCGGGCAUGUUUUUAAGGAUCGAUUAAGAUCAGACCUUUGCUGCAGGUGUUUUAUCACUGCCACUGUAGUUGCGUACAGAAGUUCCAACACCAGAUUGUAUACCUUUAACUUUCUCAUCUCGAAAAUGAGUGACAAUCACUGUGAUUGUACCAUGGACAUCUAAUAAAUGUGAAGUUUACUUUG